AUGAACCGGCAGCUAGUGAAAAUUUUGACAACCUUGUUUGCAUUUUUCUUAGAGACAAACCACUUCAGGACGACUUUCUGUAAAGAACAUGAUUCAAGAUCUGGAAAAUCCCCCUCACAGACCCUGUCUCCUUCAGAUUUUUUGGACAAAUUGAUGGGAAGGACAUCGGGAUAUGAUGCUAGAAUCAGGCCAAAUUUUAAAGGUCCUCCAGUAAACGUUACUUGCAAUAUUUUUAUCAACAGUUUUGGAUCAGUCACAGAAACCACAAUGGACUACAGAGUGAACAUUUUUUUGAGACAGCAGUGGAACGACUCACGUCUGGCUUACAGUGAAUAUCCCGAUGAUUCCCUGGAUUUGGACCCCUCUAUGUUGGACUCUAUUUGGAAGCCAGAUUUAUUCUUUGCCAAUGAGAAGGGAGCAAACUUCCAUGAUGUCACGACAGACAACAAGUUGCUGAGAAUUUCUAAAACUGGAAAAGUGUUGUACAGUAUCAGGCUUACUUUAACCUUAUCGUGUCCCAUGGACUUGAAGAAUUUUCCAAUGGAUGUACAGACAUGUACAAUGCAGCUAGAGAGCUUUGGCUAUACUAUGAAUGAUCUGAUAUUUGAGUGGCUAAGUGAUGGACCUGUGCAAGUUGCAGAGGGUUUAACCUUGCCACAGUUUAUAUUGAAAGAAGACAAAGAACUCGGUUAUUGCACAAAACAUUACAACACUGGAAAGUUUACAUGCAUUGAAGUCAAGUUUCAUUUGGAGCGUCAGAUGGGAUACUAUUUAAUCCAGAUGUACAUUCCUAGCCUGCUGAUUGUCAUUUUGUCCUGGGUUUCUUUCUGGAUCAACAUGGAUGCUGCUCCAGCUAGAGUUGCACUGGGUAUCACUACAGUCUUGACAAUGACCACGCAAAGCUCCGGAUCAAGAGCUUCCCUCCCAAAAGUCUCCUAUGUAAAAGCUAUUGAUAUCUGGAUGGCCGUGUGCCUUCUCUUUGUCUUUGCUGCGCUACUGGAAUAUGCAGCAGUCAACUUUGUUUCACGGCAGCACAAGGAGUUUCUGAGGCUUCGGAGAAGGCAAAGAAGGCAAAACAAGGAAGAUGAAGUUGCUCGUGACAGCCGAUUCAAUUUCAGUGGCUAUGGCAUGGGUCAUUGCCUCCAAGUCAAAGAUGGAACAGCAGUAAAGGCCACUCCACCCAACCCACCUCCAGCACCACCAAAGGAUUCAGAAUCCAUCAAAAAGAAGUUUGUUGACCGUGCAAAAAGGAUUGAUACAAUAUCCCGUGCUGCGUUCCCACUAGCUUUCCUCAUUUUCAACAUCUUUUACUGGAUUACAUACAAAAUUAUACGGCAUGAGGACAUUCACAAGAAAUAGGCAACUCUGGUUUGCCAGGACUACUUAG